AUGGGAAGUGGAUCGUCUAAAAAGCCUCAGUGCGAAACCUUACCAGCAAUAAAGUCUUCACCAAUACCAACCAAACCUCAACCGUCCACCAACAAACAACGAAACAUGAAUAGUCUCAACAAACCGUCUCAGAUAGCAGAAUCCGCCUUAAAUGUCGAGUCACCAAAGACAAUUGCAACUCAGGAAUGGAAAGUAAAGAAUCUUCAUGAAUUGAUGUGUAACCUGGGAAUACGAGAGGAUAAUGUAAAAUGGUGGGAGGUCGUAGAUAAUCUGAUAGCCACUAAACCAAUGAAAAUUGUCCCCCAAACACAGCGAAAGGGAUGGAAGACAGUUCGAUUAUUUAUCAGUAGUACAUUUAAAGACAUGAAUAAUGAACGCGAAUACCUGAUCAAGACUAUUAUUCCUACAUUAAGACUAUGGUGUGAAGAAAGAAAGAUUAAACUGGUAGAGUGUGAUUUAAGAUGGGGCGUACCUAAAGAUUCUGACACCAGAGAAACUUUAAUGGCUUGUUUAUCUGAAAUUGACAGAUGCCGAGAAGAGGAUGAGUUCCCCUAUUUUCUAUGUAUGUUAUCAGAAAGAUAUGGCUAUGUCUGUGACCCUCUUGAUGUACCAGAAGAUAUAAAAAUUAGAUAUAAAUGGAUACCAGGCAUGUCAGUUACCGCCCUUGAAAUCUUUACUGGUGCCUACUGGGAUCGCAAUAAGCACGCAUUAUAUAUGUUACGGGAUGGUAGUUUUCUGUCACAAGUUAAAGAUAAAAGGAUUCUGGAAGGUUAUCGUGAGACGUUACCAGAGAAAAUAGAAUCUUUAGACAUUUUAAAAGGUAAACUUCGAGAACAUUAUCGAGAUCAAAUAAGGGAAUAUAAGUGUGAACUUACAGAAGAGAAAGAUGGUCAGUUAAUUUUAUCAGGAUUUAAACAAUUCGGAGAGGAUAUAAUAAACCAUUUUAAAGAACAGAUUGAAGAACAAUAUCCACCGACAUCACUUGGUAGAGAACUGACUGACGUUGAGAUCCAAAAGUUACAACAGAUGGACUUCCUCCUACAGAGAUCACAGUUUUUACUGGGAAGAGAUGAAGGGAUGUCUACUAUGAUAGAUUAUAUAAAUACAGACCACGCCCAGCCUGGCAUCUUGUCAUUAGUUGGCUAUCCCGGUGCUGGUAAGAGUUCCUUAAUGGCCUACUCUGCUAAAAACACCCUCUCUAAUACUUCCUACAAGGUGUUCUACCAUUUUGUGGGUGCGACACCAGAUUCCACUGAUCCUUACAGUAUAUUGACAAGAUUCUAUAAGGAAUGUUUACCCAAUGAUGACAACAUGCCGGCUGAUUUAGAAAAUAUGUUACGUUAUGCCCCAACGAUGUUCCAGAAAGCUGCUGAACAAGCUGUAUCGGAGGGUUACUCUCGUCUUGUGGUUUAUUUUGAUGCCCUGAAUCAGAUGGAAGAAGAUGGACAUUCGUGUAAGCUGGAUUGGUUACCUCGACAACUAACAUCUAAUUUGAAGAUGAUAGUCAGUACCUUGGCCGGAUCAAUACUAGAUUCUUUGCGAUCUCAUAAAAUAAAACCACAGGAGAUAGCAGUGGAACCAUUGAACCUCGAUACUAGAAGAGAUAUCGUUAGAAAAGUUCUACAGGAAUAUAAUAAACAACUUGAUCAAGAACAGAUGUCAUUACUUAUAUCUAAAGAUGACGCUGGAAGACCAUUGUGGUUAUCUAUAGCAUGUGAAGAUCUAAGAGUUUAUGGUGAUUUUAGAGGAUUAACCGAUAAAAUACACCAACUACCUGGCGAUUUGCUUGGCUUAACUGAGAUAAUUUUGAUUUAUCGCCAACAGGUUUUAAAGCGAGUAAUACAAGACUAUGGACAGCAUCUGGUCGAAGCCACAUUGUGUUUAUUGGAAACGUCCAGGUUUGGUUUGAUGGAGUCAGAAUUAUUAGAGUUAUUAACAUUGAAACCUAUAACGUAUUGUACUCAAGCAGUGGAUAAUAGCUAUAAUGGAAAAUUAUUGAUGGCACAGUGGGCUUUAGUUUAUCUUGGACUGAAACCGUUCUUACGACCAUUCGGUGGUUCCGGAGAAGGUCGAUUAGAUUUUUACCAUCGUUCAACUAGUAAAGUUGUCCGUCAGGUGUAUCUUGAUAAACCCGAAGUCAAGAAAUGGUGGCAUCAAAGACUAGCGGACUAUUUCAGACGAUGUAAGGAUUGUUCAAGAUCGUCAGAAGAACUUCCAUUCCAUUUGUAUCACCUGAAUAACAAGGAUGAAUUGACGAAAUGUCUCGUUACUCCCGAAAUAUUUUUAUGUUUAUCAGAGGAUUCCACUAAACAGCAAUUAAUGAAAUAUUGGAUAUUUGUCGGAGGUUAUGAUAAAGCUUCCAAACAGUAUUCUCAAUUGUUACAAGAACAAUAUAAACAGUUGGAGGCGAAGGAUAAAGAUCAUGCAAUCAAGCUGAAGACUAGAGUUUGCUGGUUUUUGGUUGAUAUUGGAGAAUAUGACAAAGCUGAAGAAUUGCUCAAACCAUUUAUCAAAGAGCUUGAAUCUUCUUUUGGGUCGACAACGCCACAACUGUGUGAACCGUUAUUAGCAUUAUUGACUCUGUACUACAGGGCAGGUUUGAAAUUUGUUUAUGGUAGUAGUAAAGGCUACAAAACAAAUAGACAGAAAGGCAGUGCUCUGGCAUCAGUAGUUGUGAAUUCUUUUGAAGCUAAUUACCCAGAGAACGAUCCAAAACUUGGAGAUGUUUACAUUAUGGUCGGGUAUUUUCAAAGUACAUAUUUAGACAAAGCAAAGAAACUAUUUGAAAAGAAUAAGAACAAUGGUGGAUUGGCUCAGGUGUACUACAUGUUAGGGGAAAGAAACCAGUAUCAUGACGAUAUGGAAGUUCCAAUAAGUUAUUUCCAGAAGUCUUUGCAAUUGUGUUUAUCUUCAUUUGGUCGUAUUCACUUAAAUACAGCGAGAAGUUAUCAACUGUAUGGACAAUUAUUUUGGAAUCGUUGGGCAAGUAACCACAAAAAUGAAUAUUUACAAAAAUGUCUUGGAUUUUACAUAAAUGAGGUAGAAAUUUUGGAGGAAAUAUUGGGAGCACAUCACCCUAACGUGGUACGCUCGCGUGAAGAUGUUAUAAUUAUUCUAGAUAGUCAGGGUCGAAAAAGUGAAGCUUAUAAAUAUAAAAUAUUACAACCUGAACACAAUGAUUCUGUAUAAUAUAUAUAAAAUUUUGAAAUAUUGCUUUUCUUCUUUUUAUCUUUGCACGCAGUUCACUUCCUCGGAUUCCUAUGCCUAAAUGGAAGAGAACUGUCGGUGCCCUUUUCAUUUAAGUGUAAUUUUUUGCGAGUUCUCUCAGAGAGUUGAUACCAAUAAAAACAAGAAAACU